GCCGUUGGGAGUGGGCAGGAGCCGGUAACGGUCGUUGCGUGGGGACGGGACCGGAGUUUCUCAGGCACGGGACAGUGUGGCAGCUCAAUACGUCCCCUGCGCACAAAGUGAUUGAUCCGGGACUCCAAACCUUCGCACUUGGGACGAGCCAGCAAAGAAUAAGUGACUAUCAAUCCAGCCCAGGUGAAAUCAUGGAGGCACUGAUAGGACCAGAUCGGUACAGAUGGGCCACUAUGAACCAUAAAGAGCGGAUGGCAGCAGCAGCUGCUAUGGCCUUUACCCAACUUUGUGCAGAGCAAGGAGAUGGCGAUAGCCUGAGAGGAACCUAUGCUCCAACCCAGUAUGACCCCUAUAGUAAAGCAUCUGUGACUUCUGGGAUCAGGCCAUCUCUUCAUUUGUUGAUGCGGCACCACCAGGCAGAACACAGCAUGCAACCAGAGACCCUCUCAGAGGGACCUAGAGGACCCAGGAAGCCAGUGAUGAAAAGGAAAGUUCUGAGGCGGAUGCCUGAUGGAGAGGUACAUGUGUCUGAUGAAUCUGUCACCAGUGAACCAGAAACCAGUGCUGAAAGUGACUCUGAGAUCUCAGACCUGAGACAGAGACUGCUCCAUCUACACCCCCACCAGGAAGACACCGCGUCAGAGGUGGAAAGCGAGCCGAACCACAGUUCCCAUGGAAAGUUUUACUUGGAUCUUCCUCGUCGCAGUGGCUCUCAUGGAGACCCCCCAUUUCUUCCUAGGGAUUGCCAUGGUCAGGGCUCUCCAGUUUACGAACAAGACUGGAUUAUGGCUGGACAACCAAAAUCCUUCAUUCCUCCAAGAUUAGAGCAGCAAGGCCAUAAUCGUGGGAAGAUUGACCGGGUAGCCCGGUACUUUGAGUGUAAGCGGGACUGGGAGUCAUUCCGGAUACCAGGGGAGGAUCACAGGAAGGAAUUGCGCUGGGGCAUUCGGGAACAGAUGCUCUACAAGCCCGACCUCCCAACCAGGUCUCAACACAUCUAUGUCCCCAACAACUAUCUGGUGCCUACAGAAAAGAAGAGAUCUGCCCUGCGCUGGGGGGUGCGCUGUGACCUGGCAAGUGGCCUCAUUCCCCGGAAGAUCUCCUUUCCUUCAUAGUUAUCUAGAGUCUCUUCAACCCCCAUCCACAGGACUAUCCAUCCCUUAGUGCCAAUCAAAGAUCUACCUGCUCUGCACAGGCACAUUGCAUCAAUCUUAACUGUUUGUUCCUUCUAGAGAUCCUGAAUAAGUCAAGUUGACUCUCAAAUCUCAUUUGUGCUUCUAGACAAAGGAGGUUGAUUGUGGUAGAAAACAGCUUUACCUGCCAGCUUCCUGAAUAUUUGUAUUGAAACGCAUCAGUUGCAUGCCAGUUGCCUGCCUAUUAGCAAGACCCGCAGAGCUUCUCCUUGAGUAGACUAUUGCAUCAGAAGCUGCUCAAAGUGGAUAUAAUGAAAAUAAUCAACCUACAGGAAUCUUCUAAAACAACAAGGAGUCUGUAGAUACAGAUUAACACGGCUACCCCCUGAUACUUGAUACCAUGCAAGGAAUCUUCUAUGCUCAUGGGAAUAACCAAUAUCACUAGUUCCAUUUUUUGCCUUUUUAUUUUUUGCUCUUGCUCCUGUGGAUGAAUUGCUGUGAUGCUAUUGAUGGUGUUUUAUUUAUGGCUUCUGGGUGAUGCAUUUAUUUUAAUAAAGU